GACUUGUUAACUUAAGCUGCAUUCUACAAAGAGCCUCCGGAUCAAGUGCUAUCUAUGAUUUUUGUCAUCUGCAGGAAUCCUGUAGGCUUGGAUAACAGGGCUGCAAAAAAAAUGGCUGCUGACCACUCACAAGGCUCGUACACACGGCCUUUAGCUUUUGGCCUCUCAAUGGACCACCAGCACUCUCCAUUCAGAGAGGCUUUGAGUCUACCCCUCCACUUUGAACAGACAUACCUGGAGCCAAUGUACAGCCACAGGUACAGCGGACACUUCUCCUACCUACCCUUCCCUGGCCACUUGGCCAUGUACGACUAUUCCUUUGAGCCGGCCUUCAUCCGAAAGCGCAACGAGCGAGAAAGGCAGAGGGUGCGGUGUGUGAACGAAGGCUACGCCAGGCUUAGAGAGCACCUGCCCCAAGAGUUUGAGGAUAAAAGACUCAGCAAGGUGGAGACACUACGAGCGGCCAUCAGCUACAUUAAACACCUGCAGAACCUUCUGGAACUCCGUUUGCCUGAGGCCAUGGUGGAGCUGUCACCUGGGAGCGAGAGAGGGACUGUGGUCAGCAACAGUGUGGAGUGCAACAGUGAUGGAGAGUCCAAACACAGCCUGAGUGACCAUGGAGAUGCAUGCUACUGAACAGACAUGCUAAUGCUAGUACUUCUAAUUUAUACAGUCCGUGAUCAUUUGGAAUAUUCUGUUCUGUUAGGUUUGAUGGAGAGGUUUUGGGAUGGCAUGCUGUUUGAUACUUCUGCAAAAAAAAUGGGAUUCUAUUUUAAAAUACAUUCACUGAUGACUUUAUGAGAAACCACUACCUUGCUGAGAUUUUUACACUUAGCCUUUCACUGUAAGACAACAACGCAACUAGUGGUGUGAAAGAAUAUGUAGCUGUCAAAAAGCCGAUACUAAAAAAAGUAAAUAGACAAAAAUUUGGAAACCAAAUAAAGAAGCUGCUGGUGUCAAAACAAUGGACUGACCACCCCAGCGUCCAGACCUCUACAUCAUUGCAUGAGAGGCAGAAAAUGCAACUAAUUUCUAAGACUGAACUUUGGAGGCUAAAAGCGUACAUAUAUAUAUGCAUAUACGUUUCUGUUAAGUAUGUUUUUUGAUUAAUUUCCUGGCACUAAAAAAGAAAUUACUUGUACAUAACCUGCUGGGAUCUAAAGGCAUUGUCCCGAUUUUUGCAUAUUUUCUUAAAUCCGCCUUUAAAUGCAUAUGUCACCUAUUUGCUUCAUAUCAAAUUGCUCCAUUAUCUUCAUCACUACUGCAGCAACUUCAGUGACUGAAAACUCUUCGCACGCUAUUUUACUCUAAUGUCGAUGGAAUGAAAAAUUAAGGGUUUCCUAUGUGAUGGUCAGUCCUUGGUCAGUUGCACACAAAAUGUAGACAGACUUACAAAUUUUCCAAUUAAACAUGAUGAGAGGCAGAUCACAUGUAUCUCAAUGAAACUGUAAGGGUGACUGUACAGAUUCAGGAAAUGUUUGAACUGUGUUUGCAUGUAUUAUUGCAGCGAUAGAGUAAAAUAUACAGAAACAUCAAAUUAUAAGUGCAAGCGAGUUCGUGGACCCCAGAGAAUUUAUGGCCAUAUUAACUGGAAUUAAAAAAUAAAGGGUGGUCUAUGACUUUGACACAGUACUGCAUACCCAGCUAAGAGUGUCUCUGCAGGGUUUCUAAUACAGUGUCUUGCAAUGCAUUUGAUUUCAUAGGAACUAGUUCUCUCUCAUUUAAGCAUCAAACUGGUCAAGUUCAUUUUAUAACAUGCAAGUCAUCUUUGCAGUAGUUGCAGGUGGGUAAAAAAGUGUGAUAUGCAUUAUGUUUUAUGGGUUGCUGUGCUAAAUAAGUAAUACACCGUUUCAUAAACAAGUUCACGCAAGAGUGCGUAACGCGGUGGAAUGAAUUUUAUUACAUUAAUUGCUAAACCUAUUGCCUUUACAGAACAAUAAGAAGAGCUUAACCUAGCCUUUUGUUCUGCGACUCAAGUCAUUAAACAGAACUUAGCUGAGAUGUUCAUAGCUCUACAGCUUUGAAAGACACAGCAACUGUAUUGGUUUUGUCUCAGUUAAUUAUUAAUGUGCAUAUAACCCACAACGAAAAAAAGUUCUUUAGUGUCUUACUAAGAAGCUCUAGGCUGGUAAAUAAAGGUGAAAUUAGUGCGGUCAGGGUGGGAAAGGUUGUGGUGGUUUAUUUGUUCUGCUGCUCAUGAACUCAUUUAAUGAGCUCUUACCCAAAGCUCUAUUCACACAGGAUUAAAUUAAUGCAGUCUGUGGUAAUUAUUACUGACAUGUGUGAUUAUAAUGUUCCAUUCACACAGGAUCUCUCUUUGAACAUUUACAGUACUGUGCAAAAGUCAGAGACCAGCCUUGUUGUAUUUCGUUUCCAGUCUACAGGGCCGUUAUGUACAGGUUUCUCAUUUUACAGAAGGUAUUUUUGAGAAGAUUAGAGUUAAAUUAUCCAUUUGGAACAGGAAAAGGAAAGUUGAAGGAAAAUAAAUGAAAAAAA